AUUACACAAAAAGGGGAGGGGUACGCUCGCUGGCGGCCGUGUUGUUAAAUAUGCACCGCCUAAGAAAAAAGUCCCAGUGAAAACUUUGUGUAGUGUAUUAUAAUACAGUCGUAUUUUGUCACCACCCUCAGAUUCUGACGCAAUAUUUUUUUUUGUCGAAACCUCCCAUUAACUUCAGCGCGUGCUAAAGGUUCGACUGUGUGCGCGCGGAGUCGUUUUUAGGAUCUCGGCAGUCACUCCUCUUGCUCAACUUUAUUUUCACUCCUUCUCUCUCCGGUGAAGCAACCGGCGCGGUACAGCUCGCUGUGCCCGCAGAAGCGUUUUCUAAAGUCGCUCGGCUGUUUUGAAAGAGUCUGGUAACAUGUCAGCCGCUCGGAUGCAGGUGCUCUCCUCCAGAAACGUCCGGCUUUUAAGCCGCGGGCGGAACGAGGUGUUAGCAGGUAGAAGCGGAGCGCAGCGGCCCGGCGGCGACCCCAGGACCCGCUCACUGACUUGUCCCCCUCUGUCAUCCUCCUCUUCUCCCGGCAGAGCCCUAUCGAGUUUGAGUGCGACGCGGCGUGGACUUCCCAAAGAGAAAAUGUCCGAGAACGGGAUCAUGUCCCGGGCCAAGGUGCUGACCAUCGACACCAUGAACCCCACGGUGAAGAAGGUGGAGUACGCCGUGCGGGGACCCAUCGUACAGCGCGCCGUGGAGCUAGAGAGGGAGCUCUCAGAGGGAAUGAAGAAGCCCUUUGCAGAGGUCAUUAAGGCCAACAUUGGUGACGCGCAUGCUAUGGGCCAGCAGCCAAUCACUUUCUUCCGACAGGUCCUGGCGCUCUGCUCCUACCCUGAACUGCUGAGUGACAGCACAUUCCCAGAGGAUGCUAAAAGUAGAGCAUGCCGCAUUCUGCAGUCUUGUGGCGGGAACAGUAUGGGUGCCUACAGUGCCAGUCAAGGCAUAGACUCUGUGCGUCAGGACGUGGCCCGUUACAUUGAACGACGGGAUGGCGGUGUGGCCUGUGACCCAGAUAACAUUUAUCUCACCACAGGAGCCAGCGACGGCAUUGUGACAAUGCUGAAGCUGCUGGUGUGUGGCGAAGGUACAACCCGUACCGGUGUUAUGAUACCCAUACCUCAGUAUCCCCUGUAUUCAGCUGCACUGGCCGAACUGGGCGCUGUGCAGAUCGACUAUUUCCUUAAUGAGGAAAAGUGCUGGAGCCUGGACAUCACUGAGCUGCAGCGUGCUGUAAAUGAGGCCAGGCAGUACUGCAACCCCCGAGCCUUAUGCAUCAUCAACCCUGGAAACCCCACAGGUCAGGUUCAGAGCAGACAGUGCAUUGAGGAUGUAAUUCGAUUCGCUGCAAAGGAACGUCUCUUUCUCAUGGCUGAUGAGGUGUACCAGGAUAAUGUGUAUGCUGAGGGAUGCCACUUCCACUCCUUUAAAAAGGUCCUGUUUGAGAUGGGGCCCGAGUACGCAGAAACAGUGGAACUGGCGUCUUUCCACUCAACCUCCAAGUGUUACAUGGGAGAGUGCGGCUUUCGUGGGGGCUACAUGGAAAUCAUCAACAUGGACGAUGAAGUGAAGGACCAGCUCACCAAGCUGCUGUCAGUUCGUCUAUGCCCUCCUGUUCCUGGUCAGGCUCUAAUGGACCUGGUGGUUAACCCUCCACAGCCUGGGGAACCUUCUUAUGGCAGCUUUAUCAAGGAACGCACAGCCACAUUAAGUGCCUUAGCAGAAAAGGCCAAACUUACAGAGCAAGUUCUCAACACGGUCCAAGGCAUCAGCUGCAACCCUGUGCAGGGUGCUAUGUACUCCUUUCCUCGCAUAACCAUCCCUGAAAAGGCUGUCAAAGAGGCCACGGAAAAGGGACAGCAGCCAGACAUGUUUUAUUGCAUGAAGAUGUUGGAGGAAACAGGAAUCUGCCUCGUACCUGGCAGUGGUUUUGGCCAAAAAGAUGGGACCUACCAUUUCAGAAUGACCAUCUUGCCACCGACCGACAAGCUGAAGAUCCUCCUCAACAAAGUCAAAGAGUUCCACCAGAGAUUCACCCAGCAGUAUUUUUAAGUUCCCGCAUUUUUCCCGCUCCAUUCACAAAAGGAGGAGCUUGCCAAACACAACAAAAAGUAUCAGCCGACCAGAAUUUCAUCUGUUACUAUUAAGUGCCUUCUCUGCGGUGGCUCUGGUAGUCUCUGUGAUGACGCACUCCAACCUCUAUAGCUGUCACAUUUAGACAUUUGCAGAAUUUUGUCUUAAGGCGCUGUUUGUGCCAAAAAAAAAAGAAGGAAAAAAAAAGAGGUGCGAAAUUAAAUUAAAUCAGAGAUCUGUGUCCUUUUCUUUUUUUUGGUGCAACAUGGCUUAAUCUAUUAUCUGUGUCGUUUUUGAAAGAUGUAUAUACUCCAGGUCUGUAACUUUCGUUUUGCUAAAUGGCUUGACUCUGUGUCUUGAGUUAUAAAGAAGGUGCAACGAAGAAUGAAGAAAAGAGUGAUGCUGCUUAGAAACUGAGAAUGUGUAAAACACAGUGGUUAAAAUAUUCCACUUCUGUAGGCUUUGCUCAACUGGAAGAAUAUGCUGAAAAAGCUCCUUUUGCAUGAUGGUUCGGUAGUAAGUAAUUUGGUAGUGUCAAAAUAAAUGUAAUGCUCUGA